AUGAAAAUUUGGAUAUUUUCACUUUUUUCUGCUAUUCUCGCAUUCCCUACUGAAUUUCCGCCCGAUCCAGAGCUUGAGUUGGAUUUUCUAGGCAUUGCGAAACGUUGGGAUUACUAUGCGGAGGAACAUUUUGUGACAACCGAUGAUGGAUACAUUUUGAGGGUUCAUCGAAUUCCGAACAGACGCUUCCAAACGGGUGUCCCGAAUUGUCUCCGUCCAACGGUCUUUCUUCAACAUGGAAUGGAGGGAUCAUCCGCUUCAUGGAUUCUCAAUUUACCCGAUCAGAGUGCAGGAUUUGUCUUUGCCGAUGCUGGCUUUGAUGUUUGGAUUGGGAACUUUCGCGGAAAUGUGUAUGCGAAGAAUCACACCAAGUUGGAUCCAACGAGUCACGAGUUUUGGCAAUUCUCAUGGGAUCAGAUGGGCUCACAAGACCUCCCAGCAAUGCUAAAGUAUGUAAUUGGGCAAACGGGCGCUCAGCAACUCUACUACGUCGCUCACAGUAUGGGAACGAUGGCCGCUUUCGCCGAGUUCUCACACAAUCACGAUUUGGAGGCGCUUGUCCGCGAGUUCUACGCUCUUGGCCCGGUAGCUUCAGUGGCUCAUAUCAAAGGCUUGCUGGCAUGGAUGGCUGACCGAUAUCAACUCAUUCAAGAGCUUCUCGAUGUUCUUGGAAUCGACCAAUUCUUGCCACCGAGCUUUUUAACGGAAAUCAUCGCCGAAGACGUUUGCGAAGAUGCGGAUACGUAUAAAGUGUGCGAUAAUUUAUUGUUCUUGAUCUCGGGAACAAGCCAGCAGCUUAAUGAGACUCGAGUCCCAGUCUAUUUAAAUCACAUGCCGGCGGCGGCUGAGAACCAAAAACACUAUGGACAGCCAGUUCCACCCGAGUACCACGUUGAGGACAUGACCCUUCCCGUUCAUCUCUAUUGGGGCUACAAUGAUACCCUGGCUGAUCCACAAGAUGUUCAGGAAUUCGACAAACCGUUGGCUGGUGAGUACAAAGCGAAAUUCUUCUCGGCUGAUGGAGAGAACAGUGCCGCUUUCACUGUCACUGUUGGAGAUGCCCCCGAAUUCCACGAUAAGCCUCAUAUUGUUCAAAGGGAUGGCGGAAACGUUAUUGUGAUCAAAGUGCGUGCAAAAUCUCAUCUCGAGAUGAAGGCUGAAUGGUUCAAGGAUGACAAGCCUGUUAAAUGUAACGAUCGAGUGAAAGCUGUUGUGAAGAAAGACGAUAAGGACAAGGACGGCUAUCAAUUCCUCUUGGAGAUCACGGGUCCAAUCAAAGAGGAUGAAGCCAAAUACAAAUGUGUCGUCAAGAACUCCGAGGGUCAAAACCAGCAAAGUUUCCCAGCAAUUGUCUACCUGGCUUUGAAUCGAACCAUUCAACGAGAGGUUGGUCACAUGUUGGGUCUUUACAAGAUCAACUGCUUGCGAACGACGAAGAUUCUCCCAAGCGCCUCGGCUCCCGAACACACCUCUUCUCUACAUAUC